ACAACCAAUUCCGCCCACUCUUACAGGAACAACACAAAGUAGAUGGUAUAAAGGACCUACGUUUCCCAAUCUGACUGAAAUUGCAACACAAAAAGCGUCAACACCGAAUCCACACCAGCCUACUAUGCAGCCUGUGUUGCAGCCUUUCAAAGCUACCUUGCAGCCUUCUUUGCAGCCUUUCAAAGCUUCCCAACAGCCUCAAACAGCUACCAAUCAGCCUCAAAAAACUACCCAUCAGCUUCACAAAGCUACACAACAGCCUCAAAAAGCUACACAACAGCCGGUAUCUUCUUUUACAAGUGUCAAACCACAUUUAGAGAAAAGAGCAUUUGUUGCACCUUUGGGAGCAACAAAACAUGUGAUGUCACAAUCUCCUACACCACCAGACACCAUGGCUAUGAAAAAGAGAACCGGGAAGCAAGAAGGUCAGUUGCCUCCAACAUACAUGCAUGUGAGUGAGAAUGCAUUUCAACCUCUGCGAUCUCCUCCAUCCAAUCAGGUUGAGAGUGAAGUUAUGCCAAACUACAACUGGGACGAAUUUGAAGAAUCGGCUUCUGAGAGUGAAAAUGAAUUUGAUCAAGGAGAAGGAAGUGAUACUGCUGUGAAGAAAGCAACACUUCGACAUCGAAUCAUUAUUCCAAAUUGGCCAGAAUCGAGGGAGUUUGAUGAGAAGGUGGAGGCUAUAGCUAUAGAUGCUGAUGGAAUACGACAUCUGGUAAAGGGACCAGUUCUGCCUCGAGACGUUUGGCAUGAUGCAAAGGGGUUCAGAUACAUUGUCAAGCUCAAUGAAUUCAACCAACCUAUUCGAAAAGGUGGGAAGAUCCUUGUGAGCUUCCUUGGAGAUAUUGCAAAAAAUGAUUCACUUUGUCCAGUGGGAGUCCCAAGUUGGCGUGCUGUGAACAAUCAGUUAAAAACUAAUGUUGUUACAAUGAUUCGGAAACAUUUUGUGUUACCUGAUGGACCUCUAGUUAACAAGGCACUAGUGAUGCGUAUUGACAAACCAUGGAACAAUCAUCGAUACAAAUUGAAGAGGGAUUUUUUCGCUCCAGUGAAUAAAUCUCGAGAAGAGAACUAUGCCAACGUGCCUGAUGGAGUGUCCACUAGGAGUUGGACGGAAUUGGUAGAUUAUUGGCUUUUACCAGAGGCCAUGGAAAAAUCUGAAAUGGGAAAAAAUGCUCGAGCUUUACAAGGAAAUAAGCACAACAGUGGUGCUACAAGCUUUGCUAAUCGAAGAGUUGAUAUGAAAGAGAAGAAAGGAGUGUUUAGCGAAUUGGCAUUUUUCAAAUCAGUUUACGCCAAAGAAGAUGGAAGCUUUAAAGAGGGCACACUUCCUCAUCAAUUUGUGGAGGAUGCCAACAAAAAGGUCCAAGAAAAUCUUGCGAGUUCCUCUUCUUCAAAGCCCGUAAUUGAAAUUGAGAAUGCAGUCUUUAAUGAGCUCAUGUAUAAAGGUGAAGUACCUAAACGUCCUCUGAAUUAUGGAUUUGGAGUGAAGCAAAGCGACAUCUUUGGAGUGGAAGGUUUGCUGAGGAAAGAAGGGUCAAGCUAUGUUAACAACAAUGCUAUGGAAGUGGAGAACAUGAAAGGUGAAAUAUCAGUUGUCAAGAAGCAAAAUGAGGACCUUGCGCAACAAAAUCAAGUUCUAAACACCAAGUUUGAAGAAACAACACAAUCAUUUAAAAUGAUUGCUUCUUUUUUGGGACAAGUUUUGAAGGAAGUACGCAAAGGGAAUGUUUCAUCGAACCUUUUAGAUGGUGCGGAAUCAGCAAUAAAUAUGAUUACUGAUGAUUCUGGUGGCAAUGGUGACAACCAGGCCGAGAAAUGAGACUUUGACACUAUUGCCAAAUGCAAGAUUAUUGAUGAUUCAAGUGGUAAUAGUAAAUGUAGAUCAAGAGAUGAACAAGUUAUCUUGAAGCUAAGCUAGCAUAACGAUAUGUUUACUUGUUCGUAGUCAGGAAGUUGUUUUUAUUUAGUUUUGGACUAUCUUGUAGAAAAAAUGAUAAUGCUAGUUAGAAAGUUAUUUUUGUUUUAAAA